GGAGGUGGGCGCAGGGCGCAGUUUGCUCCAGCUCCCGAGCCGGGGACGUGCCAGGCCGGCUGCCCGGCGCGGACACAGACUGUCCCGCUGAACACCAAGGGGAAGUUUGUUCUCCGCCCAGGCGAGCUGUCGGGGGCUGCCCGGGGAGAGGCUCCUGGGCUCGCAGCGGGACGCCAGCGCUGCGCUGCGGUCUGCUCCGGCCGGCUGCGGGACGCUGCCGCAGGCAGGGAGCGCGGUGGUGACCGCCCGGGGAUCGGUGCACAGCAGCCCAGGUGUCAGGGCGGUGCAUGGUUCAGGGGAAGGGGCAGGCUUGGACUGUGGGAGCAGAGCCAGUGUCAAGCAGAAUCCUUCUGCAGGAAGAAGCGAUUUGCUCCGUCCCUUCACAGAAAGAAAUGCUGAAUUAUCCAGCCACAUGAGACCCCCCAGCUUUAGAAAACACCUCUUGGGCUCUGAGUCACAAGAAUAAAAGUGAAAAAGAAAAAAGCUGCUAAACAGCUACAGACACAGGUCUUACUGUGCCUUUCAAUGGGGUGCAUGCAUGAGGAUCCUCAGCUGGCAUCCUGCUGGUCACGUGCUCAGAUUGGGGAAGGAGACAGCUGCAAGUGGGACAUGCAUCUCUGUUGCCCAAAUUGAAGAGGGGAGGCAGGAAAAUGGGAGCCAUUACUCCAGCGUGACCAGUGUUUCCGAGUGACCAGCUAAGAUCCCUGUGGGAGGAAGGAAAAGAGCAACAUGGAUGGGCUCCUAGAACAGACCAGUGUGUUAAUGCACAGUAAAAUCGCUGAAGCUGGGAAAAAGAAUGGCUUAAUUAACACCAGGAACUUAAUGGCGGAGAACAGAGAUGGCCUGGUCUCUGUGUACCCAGCCCCACAGUACCAGAGCCACAUCGUGGGGAAUCUCGCUGCUCAAAGCAGGAAUGACCCAGUGCAGCAGCUGCUGGACCCCAAUACGCUCCAACAGACCGUGGAGUCCCACUACCGCCCCAACAUCAUCCUCUACUCGGAAAACGUGCUGCGCUCCUGGGGGGAGAGUGUGAGUGCCGAGUGCUGCGAGACCACCUUCAUUGAGGACCGCUCCCCCACCAAGGACAGCCUGGAGUACCCCGACAGCAAGUUCAUUGACCUCUCCAGUGACGACAUCAAGAUCCACACCCUCUCCUAUGACGUGGAGGAAGACGAGGAUUUCCAGGAGCUGGAGAGGCAAGUCUGGGAAUUCUCCAUCCAGAAACUAGCUUUGAUGUUUGAAAUGCAUGUUUGCAAGAUGCCAGCUCCCAUGUGCCGUAGAGCUUUGAGGUUCCUAGCAUUGGUAUGGGAGCAAUUAACCAUUUCUUCUCUUCACAUCCUUUGCCAGCCUUGGAGCGACUACUCGAGUGACACAGAGAGUGAAGACAAUUUCCUCAUGAUGCCCCCAAGGGAUCAUCUCGGCCUCAGCGUAUUCUCCAUGCUCUGCUGCUUUUGGCCGCUGGGAAUUGCUGCCUUUUAUUUGUCACACGAGACGAACAAAGCAGUGGCCAAGGGAGACUUCCACCAAGCAAGUUCCAGCUCCCGGCGAGCACUUUUCUUGGCCGUGCUGUCAAUCACGAUUGGAACUGGCAUCUAUGUGGGGGUUGCCGUGGCACUGAUCGCUUACCUGUCCAAGAACAACCACUUGUGAGGCUCAGGAGAGAGGAAGAGCCACCUGUGCAGCUCUCGGCAGUGCAGAAAACCACAGCAGCUCGCACGCCCAUGAGACACGCAUGCUGGUGCUAGAUACUGGAAAGACAGGAAAGUGGGUUGAUGGUUUAUGGUGCACACAUCCUGCAUCUUUUCAUCCUCCAACUCUUCUGUGUUUUACGCAAUACUGUGCUCCUACUGGUGAACUAGAACUUGCCCCCGCCGCUGGUUUGCCCCGGCUUGCUAGUUAAUACGUUCGUCUGCGCUGCACUGAUUCUUAGAGGAGCGAUUCCUGAAACGGAAGGUAGGACGCGUUUGCUGAAGGGUGAGCUAGAGGCCUCAGCAUAGAGUGUUGCCUAAUCUUCUUGCAUUCAGUAGGCUACCAUAAGAGGAAAAAAGAGAAAAUGAUUUUCCUUUCCUGCUCUUGGUUCAUUUUAAAAUGAAACAGCUAAGCACGAACACGCUCAGUGCACGGAACAUGACGUUAGUCUAGCAUGGGAUCUGCUGUAAAAUUAAUCCUUCAUGGCAGUCAUGCUGCGUGAGUGACGCUUCUGAGCCACAUAACACAGUCAGGCAGCCUCCGCCUCCCUCAGGGGACUAUGCAGCAGCUAAAUACGAGCAACCCUCAGCAAUGUGUCCUGGGCAAGUAGGGAACUAACAAAGGGAAGGACCACUUUGUAGCCCACCCCGGGGCAGACUCGGACACAGAACAGCAAAGGAGGGCACUCAAAGUCCAACAUCCUGGCACCCCAGCUCAUUCCUAGAAAUCCUGCCCAGCUGCCUCCGCUAGAGAACGGAAGUGGUGCACUGUGAAGGAACUAAGCGUUGUCCUCAUUUCACUGGGCGCAGUAACAGGCUUCUUUGCUUUCUGACACCCCCACCACCACCUUUUCUUUUUCAAAUCUAGCAUUUCUUUCAAGGGAGUUGGUUGACCGGAGAGCUAUAUGUAUAUAAUAAUGCUGAAACAUUGAUCAUUGCAAAUGGC